AACAUGUCCGCCGUGCAGCUGCUCCGUGUGUCGGUACAUGAGCGUAUCAGCGCUGCCGCUGAAGACUUCCUGCUGCAGGUGGAGAAAGGAGGAGGAAAGGCUCGAGUCCCGGAGCUGAGAGCGAUGCUAACCGAGCUGCUCGCGGCGGCGGGGGAGGAGAUCCUCGCGGUGCUUGAGGAAACCGUGGCAGAGUACGAGGACCGAGUGGCGCAGUCCGAGCGGGAGAUCUGCCGCCAGAAGAGGCUGCUCGAUGCCGUGAUGCAGCCCGUAGUCCGGCUGCACAGAGCAGACAUCCAGCAAAUGAUGAUGAAUAAAGAAGAGGAUCCAUCUGAGCAGCAGCAGUGGAGCCCCCUUGUGGACCAGGAGGACCCAGAGCCCCCUCACAUUAAAGAGGAACAGGAGGAACAGUGGACCAAUCAGGAUGGACAGCAGCCUCAAGGACUGGAGGAGGCUGAUAUCAAGUUCACAUUGACUCCUGUCGCUGUGAAGAGUGAAGAAGAUGAAGAGAACCUUAAAUCGUCAAAGCUUCAUCCGAGUGAGACGAAGGAGAACAGAGCGGACUGUGGAGCACCAGAACCAGCCAGGAACUUAGGUCCUGAUGGACUUUCACAACCAGGUCCUGAGGACAAGAGUGAAGACUCUUCUGAGACUGAAGAGAGUGAGGAUGAUUGGAUGGAGACCAGGGAACCUCAGACUGGUUUAAAUAUAAGAAAUAACAAACAGCCUCUAAGUGAUAUGGGAAGUAAGACAGGAAAAAAAUCGUUUAGUUGCUCUGAGUGUGGUAAAAGAUUUAGCCAUAGGAGCCAUCUAAAUAAACAUAUGAGGAUUCAUAAAGAGAAACCGUUUAUUUGCUCUGAGUGUGGUAAAAGAUUUUACCAAAAAGGCAAUCUAAUGGUACAUAUGAGGGGUCAUACAGGAGAGAAACCCUUUAGUUGCUGUGAGUGUGGGGAAAGAUUUAGCAGUAGGGCCAGUCUAAAUAGACAUAUGAGGUUGCAUACUGGAGAGAAACCGUUUAGUUGCUCUGAGUGUGAUAAAAGAUUUAACGAAAGGGGCCAUCUAACUAUACAUAUGAGGAUUCAUACAGGAGAGAAACCCUUUAGUUGCUCUGAGUGUGGUAAAAGAUUUACCCAAAAGGCUACUCUAAAUUCACAUAUGAGGAUUCAUACAGGAGAGAAACCCUUUAGUUGCUCUGAGUGUGGUAAAAGAUGUACCCAAAAGAGCAGUCUAAAUUCACACAUGAGGACUCAUACAGGAGAGAAACCAUCGGUCAAGCUUCAAGAAGAGUAA